UUCAAUAAAAUUCCUAGAAAUUAAUCAUAGUUACUCGUAAAUCGAAUUGUAAGAAUUAUUCGUUAUUUGAAGCUUCUUGCUUAGUAUUUCGUUUUAAUUUAUCUUUCUAAAUGUUCGGGUGAAAUAAAUCAGUUAAAUGUUUAGUUUUAAAUUUAAGUGUUAAUUUUUAAGACUUGUGAUAACUGUUUAUAAACGGUGACAUACGUAGUGACUAAUAGAAGCGUUUGUCUACUUGUUGUGCCGAUAAAAGCUAAAUUAUUUUCCAUAUUUCAGAAUUAAAUAACAAAUGUAAAUUAUUUGAUUGAUAUCCUUUAUUCCGGUAGUUUCCAAACGCGUGUAAUAGCAAAUAUGAACUGUUACUAAUCUAAGAAAAAAUAAAUUUGCUAAAGAUUAUCCUACACGUUGCUAUGUUGUUUACUGUCAUAGUUGUCAAUCAAAGAUAGUUGUAUAUAGUCAAAUAAAAAAACAUACAAUAAUGCAUACAUGUGGCACGUAUUGUCAUUGACACAGAAAGGGUCAAAAGGGUUAAAAGGAAAGAAAAAUGACGUAUAGAAUAUAAAUAAAUAUAUCAUUGGACAUCACUGAGAGAGCUGGUCAAAGGAUAUUAUAUGCUGUACUUUAAUUUAAUUAUUUCAUUAAAACAAUAUAAUAAACAUGGAAAGUGAAAUUAUCUGUAUUUCAUCAGAUGAUGAUGAAAGUAUGGAACAUAAUAAAACUAAUAAUACAAAAUCAUCGGUCAUCAAACAGACAAAGCAUGAGCAUUCUUCUUCUAUAAAAGAGAAAAGUACUUUGAGUCGAAAUGAAAUUACAAAAAUUAAUAAGAAGAAAAGGAAAAUAUCUGAUGUUAUUGACGAAAAUGAUGCUUGUUUUGAGAACCAAGCAAAAGUGAUUAUGUGCACAGAGGAUAGUAUUACUAAACGAGAUGCAACAAAAAAUUCUGAUGAAUUACCAACUGUACAGAAGGAUAACACGUUAUCCUCUGAUGAGGAUAUAACGUUAUUAAAACCAAAGUUAGUUGUAAAAGAAAAAAAAUCUAUUUUCCUAGAGGAACAAGAUAUAUUUCCCAUGUUCAUAAGUUUAUGUUUGCAAAAAGACCGUUCCGAGGACAUGAAAACUGUCGUUAAUAAAUUAAAAAGACGUUAUGAGCAUUUGGAUCCUACGUAUGCUACUUCUGAAACUUUCAUAAAUUUGUUAAACGAAAAAAGAAAUGAUAUUAUGCUUAGCAAAAACAAGUUAUAUAUACAUAUUGCUGAGGUAAUGAACGAAAUGAAAAACAAUUGUAAAAAAAAUUCAGCUUUGUUAACAAAUGGCGCAAAUUGUGUUACUGAUAUCAAUAAAUUGAAUACUGGUAACAGUUCGGCUAAGACAUUGCGUUCAAGUACGUCACAUAAUACUGUUAGUGAUGAUGAAGAAAUGCUUACUGCAGGUGAGAAAAAUGAUAAGGAUGUAAAAAGAGAUGGAAAAUAUAAUUCUCAAAGGAAAAUUAGAGUAAUAUUAAAAGCAAUGAGAAAAUGUGAAAAGUAUAUUAAACUACUGGAAGAAUCGGAAGUAGAUUUUGACCAGGAAAAUAAUAGUAACUACAUUAAAUUGGAAAGGUAUAAACAUCGAAUAGUAGAACUUCAUCAAAUAUAUUGUGAAUGUAUUGGAGAAAGUGCUGAUGCAGGACGACAAUAUUUACGACCAAAACACUUCAGUACAACCGGAAUUGUUUCUGUAGAUCAUGCUAUUACAAGUUUCAUCAAUUCCAAAAUGUCAAAGAGAAGCAAAUUGAAGAAAAUUGGCGCUUUUACGAAUGCAUUAAUAUUUCCAGAUUACCGGGACAUCUUAGAGUGUGUUACAAAAUGUAAUGAAAUGAAUAAUUUAGGUUUGGAUAAUAAAAAGCAGCAACAGAUUGCGAAAAAAGCAUUUACCGAAUUAGGAGAAUAUUUACAACGUUCUAGACGUAACGAUUAUUGGGAUACAUUUUCUUUAUUUUUUGAAAACAAAGAUGAUGAUGAUCCCGCUUUAAAAGAUCGACAGUUAGCGGAAAAAUUGAUGCAGAAUAAACAAGAGGGUGAGAAGAGGUUGGCAAAUGUAUUUCAGGAGUAUGUGAAGAAACAAGAGGAGAAGAACGAUCAUUCUAUUGAUUCUGAAACAUCAUCGGAAAAUGAAGAAAAUGAAGAAGAUUGCACAGAAAAUGAAGAUAUGGAUAUUAAUAAUGAAACUGAUAACAUUAGCGAGGAUGGUACAAGUUUGAAUAAUGAUGAUAAUAAAGCUAGUACAGAUGAGGAUGAAAAUGGUAUAGAUGGAAGUAAGCAAUCUGUAAGUAAAAUGGAUAUUAAUAAUAAACCUAGUGUAAAUGAAGUUCAGUAUAAUGUUAUAGAAAUACGCGAAAAACAGCAAACAAAAACUAAUAAUAAAUUAAAAGACAAUGUUAGUAACAAUAACUUAAAAAUAAAACAAGUUGAUAUUGAUGAAAAUAUAUCUAAAUCUGAACACACACAGUUAAUAAAAGAAAAUGAAACAACACAAUUGUCUGAUACAGUGCCACAUAAUUUAAAUACUUCGCCUGGUUUAAUACCGUUAACUACAUUAUCUAGGCCAGAUAAUAAAAUUCCUAUUGAGAAAGCAAAAGAGGAUGAUUCUAACAUUAUAAAUGAAAAAUUAAUAAAUGAACCGCCAUCGGAGGAGGAAAAACCAUUGUUACGAGUACGUUCUUUUGCUAAACUUCCUGGGACAUGGAAAGACAUUCAAGAAAAAGUAGGCCAACUAGAUAAAAAUAAUGAUCUUAUAGAUCUUACACAAGAAUCACCAAAACAAAAUUCUACUGCUCAUCAGCAAGCAAGUAUUCAAAGUAAAUCUAAGGUACUUCCUACUACGAAAGAUAAACGCAAAAUGUUAGUAAUACCAUCAGGUAAACAUAUAAUUAAAGUACAAAAUGUCACAAACAAUUAUAUGAGAAUUGGUUCUAAAAGCUCAAUGGAUUUUAAUAAUAAAGCUAAAUUGCAAAAAGAAGUUGUUACAUCUUCGUACCAAAUAGUAGGUAACAGCAGCAGAACCACAACUAUACGCCUACCACCAAAUCAAAAUUUUAAUCGGGAAAUGAAGGAUAAUAAUCAGGGAAACAGUUCACAAGCAAAAAAGAAGAAUAUUAUCGUACAGGUACCUCAGGCCGCUCAAAUUGUACUUUUACUCGGCAAACAAAAGGAAAAAAGUUUGCAACAGUCAAAAACAAAUGUAUCUGUGUCACAGUCUAAAUGACAGAAACAGAAACUGAAGGUAAUUCAUCUUGAUCAUUGUUAUGUUAAGUUAUUAACAAAUGACAGAUGACCACUGACUUACGAUAAAUGUAACAAGUUUUUCAAAAUAAACCAUUUGUAAUUACCAAUACUGUAUUAGUACAUUAGCAUGUUACAUUGAAUAAAUUUUUGUAUGAAUAAAAACGUAUUUAUGGUUUUUGUAUGCUAAA